AUGGCUGCGUCCACCCUCUCCGUCUGCUCCAGCGACCUGAGCUACGGCAGCCGCGUCUGCCUGCCCAGCUCCUGUGACUCCUGCCCCGAUUACCCCUGGCAGGUGGACGACUGCCCAGAGAGCUGCUGCGAGCCCCCCUGCUGCGCCCCAACCUGCUGCGCCCCCAGCUCCUGCACCCCGGCCUCCUGCCUGACCCUCGUCUGCACCCCUGCGAGCUGUGUGUCCAGCCCCUGCCAAUCAGCCUGCACCAGCUCCUGCCAGCCCUCCUCCUCCUCAUGCUGCCAGCAGUCUAGCUGCCAGCCCUCCUGCGGCAGCUCCUCCCCCUGCCAGGAUGACUGUUGUGUGUCUGUCUGCUGCAAGCCCGUGUGCUGCACCCCUGUCUGCUGCAAGCCCGUCUGCUGCACCCCUGUCUGCUGCAAGCCCGUGUGCUGCACCCCUGUCUGCUGCACCCCUGUCUGCUGCAAGCCCGUCUGCUGCACCCCUGUCUGCUGCAAGCCCGUGUGCUGCACCCCUGUCUGCUCGGGGGCCUCCCCCUGCUCUGCCCCCUCCUGCUGCCAGCCCAGCCCCUGCUCCUCGUCCUGCUGCACGCCCUCUUCCUGCGUGUCCCUGCUCUGCCGCCCCGUGUGCAGACCCGCCUGCUGCGUGCCCGCCUCCCCCUGCUGGGCCCCCGCCUCCUCCUGCCACCCCAGCUGCUGCCACCGGGCCUCCUGCGUGUCCCUGCUCUGCCGCCCCGUGUGCUCCCGCCAGGCCUGCCGCGUCCCCGCCUCGGCCCAGAAGUCCUGCUGCUGACGGGGCACGUCCCCUGCCCCCCAAGGCCAGCUGGGCACUAUGGGGCACCCCCUCCCCACUCUCCCCCUGCCUCCUUCAGGAUUUAACCCAGCACAAGCUCUGGUGCUCGUGUCAGCAUGAACGUUCACCAUCUUCGGGCCCUAAUAACCAGGGCUGAGCCCAUCUGCAGCCUCCACAUCACGGCCAGGUGAACCCGAGACAGCCCUCCCCCGCUAUGGACAGCCACGGCCUCCUGCCCGGUCUCUGCCCCUCCUGGAAGCUGUUUGCUCCUCCCCAAACACAUAUCUGGAAGCUAAAUGAAUAAAGUUGCAGGGCGCCUGGGUGGC